CAAAAGCUGUUUUUUCACUCUGCUUAUGUAUGCCACAUGCUACAGCUUCAUGAAAUGACACAUUUCAGGGUGAAGUCACAAAAAGAAGAGAUUGUAAGUAACCUUUAAAAGAGGAGCUUAAGAGGAUGCGUAACAGCUGCAUAACCCAACAGAACCAUUCCUCCAAUGACACAGUGCUGGACUCUUCAGAGAAGCUCCACACUGUUCUGAUCAUCCUGUACAUCAUCAACCUGGCUGGUGGCACCCUGGGGGUCAUCAUGAUGGCCCAGCUGUUGUUUCAAAGGAGAUCCCAGUCUGUGAUGACCAUUACAAUCACCAGCCUCCUAGUGCUGCACAGCUUCAUGCUCCUCAGCAUCCCCUUCCGCCUCAGCUACUACAUCUCGGGGGUGUGGAAAUUCGGGAGGUUUGCGUGCAGGCUGACGAGCGCCAUCAUCUACCUGCACAUGUACGCCACCUUUGCCUUUUACGUAGCCAUCAUCAUCGCCCGCCUCCUCCGGCUGGAGUUUCGGAAGUGCUACACGGCAGCCUGGGUGGGGGCUGUCUGGCUGCUGGGAGCGCUGGUCAUCACACCCGUUCUCCUCUCCUACUACGGCACCUCGAAGACGUACCGCCCCUCUGAGUGCUUCCAGUUCCACAGGGAGCUGCAGGAGGCUCACAUGGUGAUCGUAAACUACUGCCUGGUUGGGGUUCUGGUGGCGGUGUGUGCCGUGCUCACCGGAAUCCAGCUGACUGUGAUCUACAGAGCAGCUGUGAAAUACUGGCCUGACAUUAACUCUCAUGUGGAAUUCAGGGCUCAGGCGAAGAGCUUCUUCUUCAUCUUGGUAACGUUAGUCUGCUUCGUGCCUCAUCAUGUAUUCAGAGUAUAUUAUAUCCAAAACUAUGACCUCGAUAAAGACCAUAAACUACUUCUAUACAAUGAGGUUUUUUUAGCUUUAACAACGAUGUGCUGCCUGGAUAUGUUGUGCUUCAUAGCAGGAAUAGCCCACUGAACCGUGAACUACCAGGAAGUCCAGCUGCAGCAUGUCAAUACUGGCUGUUUAGAGAAACAAACUGUGUUGUGAUUUUCCAGAGCUAGGAAGACUGGUGAGUUCACGGCAUGUCUCUAUAGGUCUACAGCAUUGUUUGACUUUUGCAGGCCACUAAGAUUCCUUUUUCACAAGCUACUCUUUUUUUUAUCUUCCCUCUAGAAAGCAGACACACUUGAGUCUUACUCUAGUCUUGACCUAAGAGUCAUGCCCUGAAGCUUCAUUAAUAUUUUCCUUAUGUUCUUCUCCAGUAAUUACAGCACAGGUAUGCAUUCCUUUGUAUUUUUUUUCCUCAAAGUGUCUCAGUAACCACAACCCACUGUGGCAAAUAAGUUGUCCUCUCUGAAGGUCUAACUUCUUCUGGCAAUUGUGACACUGAAGGGAAGAGAUGGAAGAAAGAAAUCCCUUUACAGGAUAUUUGUACUAGUGAUUUUAGACAGCAAGGACAAUAAGCUCUAUUCAAAUGAGAAGUAUUCACAGAAUCACAGAAUGGGUCAGAUUGGAAGAGACCACAGUGGGUCAUCUGGUCCAAUCUCCCUUUGUAUAAUUUAUACAAAAUAUAUAUUAAAUGAAAUUAUGUGAAAACUAAUCAUUAUCACAACUUCACCUUUACUUGUGUUAUGCCAAAGGCACAAGGAGCUUUAAAUUGUGAUAAUUAUAUAUUUAGAGUGAAUGAGAGCUGAACAGGAUUCAAAACUUUUGCCUUAUGUCACUCUCCCAUCAGGACUGGAUCUGUGGUUGCUAUCUCUUAGAUACAUUGUAGCCAAAAGUGUUGCUGCACUUCCAUAACUGGACCUGGAAUUCAGUCAAGGGGAAGGAUCAGACCCUCUCCAGGACAGGGAAAUACUUUAUGAGCCUUCAAAAACCUUUGAUGUUUGGUCACUUUCAGUUCUCUGUUGAUUUAUUAUCAGAUACCAUAUUUUUUCCAUUUAUGCAUAUAAUAAAACAAAACUAAAGUUACUGAACAGUGCUUAAUCAGUUCAGCAUAUGCUUGUAUACAAACUUGUUCUGAAGUAUAUCUUUUCUCUAUUAGAUAGAUUAUAUUCCUUGGGAAUCACAUCUGUUUUGGGAGUCUCUGUUUUAUCUUCAUGAUUUAAAAGUUAUUUUAAUGAUUCAUUCUUCCUGCUCUGCUCAGUGCAUAAAGUCUGUAACCCUUCUGUUGAAGGCCCCAUUGUCAUUUGCUGAAUCCCAGCAGCUUGGGGCCAGAUUUCUCCCACCCCAGACUCCUAGGAGUCACACAAGGCUAUACUUCCUCCUUCACAGCCCUUUAAGUUCCCAUAAUUUUUAGUCUGGCAAUCUUUGCUACAGACAGUGCUAUGAUCCCUAGAUUCAAAUGGAUUAAAGCUUUAUUUGGGAGGAUAAUAAAGUACACUUAUAAAGUAAUGCUGCUAAUACCUCAGAUUGAUGACAUUUCUUUUAAUGAAGGACUUACACUUACUCUGUCAAACCUGAAUAGAUGAUUUUGCCUUGACAUUUCCAUUAAAAAACUUUGUUGAAAACUCUUGAUGGUUUCAGGAUCCUUUCUGUCUCUUUUAAAAAAUGUGAGGUGUCAGGGAUACAGCAGUAAGACUCGAAAUCUGAAAAUUCUGAUCUGAUGGCCUCCUCUAGAAUUACCAUGUCCACUCCUAUUCAAACAGUAGAUUGAUCAGUCCAUGAUUUUCAGCUAGAGCCAGAGCUCAAUAUUACAAAGAUGAAGUGCAAAGAGACAGAUUUUAAAGCUGGAUUUUCCAAAGUCUUUAGAAAAACUGACAAAGCUGGAGGGGGUGCAACAAGUACACUGUU